UGGCAUACUGAUGCGGAAGUGUGUAUGAUAAUCUGUUAUUUAAAAAGAAAAAAAAAGUAUGUAAUCUUAAUUUAAGACACAUUUAAAUGCCAUAUAUUUAAUUUUAAUAAAACGUAUAUUGAUAAUAUUGGGGCACCAUGAUGAUCAGUUGCAGCUUUAUCUGUAUAUUUGUAGUGCUGAUAAAUAAAGUUUGUCUGGAUGUCACAGUGGAGGGUGUCAUUGGUGGUUCUGUUGUCCUGCCGUGUUCUUCAGCUGAACGUGAUCUUAAACUUCAAGAGGUUGAUGUGAGCUGGAGACACAAUAGCAGCAUAAAUGUGUGUGAUUUAACUCCAGAAAGUAAUUUACUAGAGACACAGGACCCACGAUACAAGAACAGAAUCAAAACUUUCCCUGAGGAGUAUGAUCGAAAAAAUUUUUCCAUCAAACUCACCGGUCUCACUCACACUGAUGCAGGAACAUACAUCUGUCACAUCACACCCUCAGAUGAACAGGCGACUGUGCUGCUGAUCAUCAACGACUUUUUUAUUGCAGAAACAACAACAGAAAACACUGAUCAAGAAAACCAAGAAGAAACCAGACCAGACAGUGUCGGAAAUUCAUGGCAUUUGAUCCUGGUUGGCACUCUGUUACCCAUACUGUUUAUACUUUUCAUUGUAAUUAUCUUUAGACAAAAGAUCUCAAGCUGCCAUAUGUCAGGUGAACACUGCAUGCGUUCAGAUGCUCUUGAGGAUGUGAGCCCUGGCCAACAUUAUAAAUCAGUAACUGCAGAUGAUCAUGAUGAAGUAGCAGUAAAUGACACAGAUGUGCAGCUUUGUGUAUUGACAGCAAUUGCAUGA